UAUCACAGCACCUCUGGAGAAUCGUUAUAUAAUGUACUUGGCGUGACAAAAACAUCAACUCCUCAAGACAUUAAAAACGCCUACAGGCUGCUUGCCUUACAAUAUCACCCAGACAGGAAUCUAGAGAACCCAGAGGCAGAGGAGAAGUUCAAGGAACUGAAUUAUGCACACCGCGUGUUGACUGAUAACACGCUCAAGGAGAUAUACGACGAAUACGGCUUCAAUGGUCUCGAUGUGGCAGAGAAUUUUGGCAAAGAAAAAGUGCAUGCGUACUUCAUGCUUAAGCGGAUUAAAAACAAUAAAUGGGUAAAGCGUAUCUGGACCUGGAGGACUGCUGCGGUUGUUUCCGCUUCUUUUGUGAUAUGGUUGAUGUGGCGUUUUGUGAAGUAUAGAGCCUAAACUACCUGAGGGAACAGACGCCUUGCCCCAAUGAUAACAUGUAGUCCUGAAUCACCAUGUUUCCAUCCCAUGUCCGAGGGCGCAGGAAGGUCAGGUGCGGCACAGUGAGCAUUUCUACAACCCAUUGUUUGAGAGUGUACGCGCAUCAAAUGUUCUGAAGAUGCUGGUGAUCUAUGGGUAGCUGUUAAUGGCCAUGAUGUUGUUUGUUUUGUUGAUGGCUGCCGGCAGCAGCAUUGGGAGUUUUUCGGUUUGCGAUGGAUCUAGUGGUUCUUUUGUUGAUCCUGGUUUUCCUAUUCCUUUGUGAGUAGUAAUUACUAACUAAAAAUGUGAUAUUCAAUUGUAAAACCCAGAUCAAUGAUAUGACUUUAAUUAUGGAGUUAACGCAAUUAUGCUGAUAACGAAAUCAUUAAAUAAAUAAUGCGUUCAUUAUAUUAAAUGAUCCGUUGGCAUUUAGUUCUAGGAUGGUAGGCUUAUAUCAGUUUGAAUUCAAUAAUGAUUUUGUACAAUGUUAAUUGAAUAGAUUUAAUUACUUGGUAAAUAAUUAUUACUCAUUUAUUCAUUUAAUAACAUGGAAUAUUUACUUAUGUCAUUGUAUAAAAAAAAAUUAUAGAAUAAUAAUGGGUGGCUCGAACAUUGUUUCAAGCGAUACCAGAAUA